UUAAUGUUGGGUACUAGUUUUAAAGUGUGUAGAGUUACUCUGUGGACCGCCAAAUCGCAAAGGUCGUGUGAUGUGGUACAUAAUAGUGGCAUUGUUUCUAAUAUGGCUGCUCGAGCACUUCCGCCGGAAGCAGGCGCAGCCGCCGCACCACACGUGCCAAAUGAGCGGUCGCCUAGCUGUCGAGGGCUGGUGGUGCGGUCGCGCGAUGCCGCACGCGCAUGGGCGCGCCAACAAUGGUGCGCUCGCGCUCCACUACGCGGCGGCGCGAGGAUGUUUAGACUGCGUGCGUCUGCUGGCUAACACCACGCCUGAUGUCUCUGCCAACACGGCGAUGGACAAUGACGUCACACCAGUAUACUUAGCCGCACAAGAGGGACACUUAGCCGUAUUAAAGUACUUAGUACUAGAAGCGGGGGGUCGGCUAGACGCGCGCGCCAGAGAUGGGAUGCUGCCAAUUCACGCCGCCGCGCAGACUGGGUGCUUAGACUGCGUUAAAUGGAUGAUCGUGGAGCGAGGCGUAGAUCCCAACGCGCGCGACGGAGACGGUGCUACUCCCCUCCACUUCGCCGCUUCACGUGGACAUCUGACUACAGUCCGCUGGCUAUUGAGACACGGGGCUAGACUACACCUGGACAGACAUGGGAAGAGCCCUAUUAAUGACGCGGCAGAAAACCAUCAUUUAGAUUGUCUCAACGUGCUGGUAGCGGCAGGCGCGGCUGGCGCCGACAGCAAGCAGUUGUCUUCAUACAAAGCGGUGCACUCCUGCGCGUGUACUCCGGGAGACGCCAGAUGCGCUCUACCAAACUGCAUAAACGCCAACGGAACCCGCUCGCCCUUCUAUCUCCACGCGCCAGAACGCGAGCGCAGGGGUUCCGUAGCUGAGCGCAGGGGUUCCUUACCCUCCACGCCGAUUGGGUCCAUAAGCUCAAGCCGCUCCGGGCCAGCGGAUGGGCUGUAUGUCAAUCCCAUGCAGAGGGCAUCCACCACGGUCACACAUCAUAGCUCGUCGGGGGAGGAUAGCUCAGCCUGCUCCGCCUCGGACGCCGACGCCAGCAACGCCAGCGGCUGGUACCUCCACAACGCCACCCCAACCCCCAACGCACCUGCAGCACUGUACCAGCGAGUCAGAGACUUGUUCCACACGCGCUCCCCUGGGCCGAGAGUGCCGGCUGAGGGGCAGGAGGCGCCUGUUAUGACUGUAAAAGCCGAGAUCCACGGAUCCGAAGCGCCCACGGUUCCCGAGCAGUCUGACAGCGACAGUGGAGCCGAGGCGACGCGUCGCGACCACCACUAUGAAGACAUCUACAUGCCCAAAGAAGAGACACGCCAAAGGAGAAGCAGUUCCCGCGACUCCGGCAGCCACAGCAGGCCCGGCAGCGCGGCGCUCAUCGUCGACUACACCACCAAAGAAGGCAUCGACAGCAUAAGCAAGGCAUACGAAGAGGUGUCUCCUGCGCCCGAGAGCCACGCCAAAUCCACCAUCGCCACCAAACUGGCCGCGCUCACGCAUAAAGCACAGAACUUCGCCAGCCGCCUCUCCUCAGCCGCCGGCAGCCGACGCGCCUCCGUUACGGAGGAGACCACCAUCGUCCAAGCCUCCGCCUCCUCCGGCGUGUCCUCCGGCGGCAGCUCCGGCGACGAGGCGCCUCCGCCGCCCCCGCCGCCGCCGCCACCAGCCGUGUUGGAAGAACCGGCGUUGAAGCCCUCGGAAUUGCGUAGCAGGCUGGCUCGCCGCGGCUCGGCGUCCGCAGACGAGGAGCGGCCGCGCGGGCUCAAUCUCGUGAACAAGCAAGCCGUGCUUCCGUUCGUGCCGCCGGCCUUCCCCCAUAACGCGCCUGACAGGCUGAUCAAGCCCUCGGAGUACUUGAAAACAAUCACGGCGCCGUGCAAGCGGGACGACGCGGCGGCGGAGGCGCGCCCGCCGCCGCCGCCCGCGCUCAGCGAUAACGCGCCCCCUCCGCCACCCCCGCAACCGCCUAUGACCGCCGCCCAACCGCUAGCAGCCAUCAGCAGCGCCGAGCUGUGCGCUGUCCGCUUACGCGCACCGGCUGCUAAGACGCUCUCCGCUCCGCCGCCCGCCCGCUCAGUCAGCCUACAAUGCUUACCGAGCGCAGCGGAGAACUACAAAAGCGUGAAAAUAGACUUGAUAGAAGAACUGAAAAUGUCGAAGGAUAUCACUGGGAUCAAGAAGAUGAAGGUUGAGCGGGCGAGGAGGGAAAGUCUUCAGGAUAAGGAGACGUUCACGGAGUUCACGAAGCGGUUCACAGCGGAGAACUUCGUCGAUCAGGGUUGCCCCCAGGUACCGGAACGGGACGCCGCAGGGAACGUGAUUCCGGCAUGGAAGCGGCAGAUGCUGGCACGAAGAGCGGCGGAGAAGGCCAGGAGGGACUUGGAGAGGGAACUGGCGGGUGAAGCGGAGAGGAGACGCGCGGCGGCGGUGCCGGCGUGGAAGCGGCAGCUGCUGGCUAGGAGGGAGGAAGCGGAGAAUAGGUUGAGGCAAACCCUCUACACCCCGAAAGUGGAAGAAACUAACGGGACGAACGGCGAAUGGCGCGCGUACCCCAACGGCACGCAGAGGGCCGUGUCCAUAGACAACAUUACGCUAUGCUACGACACCCCCUCGCAGCCCGUGCGGGCGCCGUCGGAGGCCAAACUCUCUACUGAGCAUUGUAAUGGUGAGUACUGCCUCACAAAUGGUAAACACGAAGAAGACGCAGACGCAAAGAUCAUCCCGUGGCGAGCGCAGCUGCGCAAAACCAACAGCAAGCUGAAUCUGCUCGAAUAGCUUAGUUAGGUUGUAAGUUUCCCUAGCUGGAAGACGCCCCAAUCUAGCCACUCAUAAACUCGCCAAUUCUUUGUCCACUCCAUAUUUUUAUGUAUAUUUGAUGGCACCUAUUGGCAUAAUCAUUAUUGGCCACAUCAUCUUUUACAGAUGAUUAUUGUAGUGUCGGGUAAUAGGAUCAGGUUGAAUUUUGCGGGGAGGUAGAUCACGUCUCACGUUUGCCUGCGAUGUCUGUAAAAAUUAUCGACCGCCACGGCCGGCCUUCCAGACUUCUCACGGGCGAUAGUAAGGGCCCAAGGGCUGUAGUUGGAAGACAUUUGAGAUAAGAAACUAGAAUCUGUACUAAAGCUAGUGAACUAUUGCAAAAUGUCAAAAACGACAAUGAUGGGUGGUUCAAACUCCUGAGGAUGUCCCAUGGGCGGCUGGGCCUCAAAAUCUACAAGAAUGUCAAAAGAAUUGGCUGAAUUGGCUUUUUCGGUCCAUAUAUAUGAAGAUAUAUUUGUCAGUGGCUAAUUUUACAUUAUGAUCGAAUGACUCUUGAAUAAAAAUUAAGAAUAGAGGUAUAUAUAAUAUUGUAGACAGAUUGGGGUGACCGAAGGCGUUAUGUAGUUCUACAACGGUGACUUUUAUCGCACGGUUAUCUAAAUAUCUAUCGAAUAGUGAUAGAGCCCAGAUAAAGGCAACCUAGCCACACUUUACUGUCAGUUUCUCAAAAGCUUGUAACUUGUAAUACAAGUGGAAGUCCCUUUCUAACAAAAUCUGUCAAAAAGUUACAUCCGCUUGUAUUACAAGCUUUAGAGAAACGGGCCCCUGAUGUCAUAUAAUACAAUAAUUAUGAACAUUUAAUAUGGAAAUUGUAUAAAAUAUACAAUAUUAAAGAAAACUGCUUCUGAAAGUUUAGCUUGUCGAUAAAGUGCUUGGCUAGGUUUACUUUGUCCAGGCAUAGCUUAGGUGAAAUGCCAUAAAAGCAUUGUAUAGCCGACACGAAUAAGCUGCUAGUUAUUAGUUAGUACUUAAAUAAGUUAAGCAGCGGUCCAAAUAUAUCCAUUUCAAAAUUUAAUCCAAAUUCUUUCCAUGAAGAGUUUUGAUUAUUAAAAGAUCCUUCGUUGAUGCUGAUUGUGUAUUUCAGAAAUUAAUUACAAACAUUUUCGUUCAUAGAAAAAUAUUUGUAAGUAAUUAUAGUUUAUCUAAUUAGUGAACAUGCGAUGUAAAUACAUUCUUAUAUUUUCUAAUUAUACACUUUUAUACUUUUACUAAAUUUUUAAGUUAAUAUUACUGGAAAUAUAAUUUCUAUGUGUAAUAAAUGAGAUAUUGAAGAUACCUGUUUAAAAAAAAUACUAUUUUAAUCAGUCUUUAAAUUAAAAAUAUUUGUAGACCAAAACAAUUAUGAAAUUAUCGGCUUUAAAUGUUAAGUGGAACCUUAAAAUAACUUUUAAAUUAAGAAAAAAUAUUUAAUGACUGUAUGUAUUUCUAAGAGUUUUCUAAAAUGCAAGUGAUACCAUGGUUGCAAUAUUAGAUUAAGUUCGAGGGCUUUGCUAACUUAUGUCCGAGAUUAUACGUCGUAACGUUUUGUGUAACUUGUAUAAACGAUUUAUGUUUUUUGUUAAUAAAAGUGCUGUUGCUUUAA